AUGCGAGAUAAUUACGUCACCACAGAAGCACACGCCAUAUUUGAAGAUCAUGCUCCGGUUUUUCGAAGAGUGGAUAACCCUAUCCACUGGAUAAACCUCUAUCCGGUGGACAGCGCGGUACGUUUCGGUGACACUUAUCUACUGGAUAGUGAUUGAUCUGUUGGAUAGCGUUCUCUGCCCUUUGAACAACUAGGCACCAGGAUUUUCUUUUCCGUGGUGAUAGGGGGAAAAAGCGCCUCAUAUAUCUGCAACCACUCUGUUGCAUACAAUACGAGUACGCCGCACAGUGUUACACCAUAACAAUUCAUAUUAACAAACCAAGCAAUCAAAACAGAAGACUGUUCCACAAAGUCUCGUAAAUAUAGCACUUUUGCUUCUCUUUCGGGAGCCACCUUAACAGCCUCGUGUUCAAAAUACUCUGAAGUAAGAUAUGCAAUCAUGUAGCCAAUCGGGGUGUACUCUCACCUUUAACGAGAAAUAACUCCAGAUUCUGCCUUUUUUAUGAGAGAUCUGUCUAUCAGAGAUAUUUAUCAUGCUAUUCAACCGCAAAAUACAUACAGAGCAAGGUAGAAAGCAUGAUCGGAGGCUAUAUUUAAAUACGUUUUGUUUUUAAAAUUCUUUCUAUGGACUUGAAAAAUUCACGGAAAUAUCCAGUGUUGGCUCACGUAAUAUUGUCGGGCCGGCCAAUAACUGAUCCAUAACCGAAACUUCGACCCUAUCAAUGUGCCGAGGAAAUCGAGUAAACUGGAUUUUUUUUGCACGUAACGUUACACAUAUCUCAACAUGAACUGGAAAAAGGUUUGAGAAACCCUCAAGAUUGAAAAGGAUGUACGGUUGUCGGGAGAGUUUUGGACGUCUCAGUUUGAUCGGAAAUAUUUUCUUUCAGUCAACACCUGAAAUAAAGCUAUGACCAGCAAAGCAAUUUUGCACGACUCCGCAAGUGUCUUCAUUCUGUCUUGUUGGCAGCAUGGGAACGUUCACGUCAGGCUAUAUUUUUAAGCUCUUUGACUUACACCUGUAUCGGUAGCCCUUGAUUCGAAGUAAAUUAUUUCACGCUUGAGCCCGCAGCCUACAGGGCUAUUUACAUACGGCAGUCAUACCGCAUUAACUGUGCCAUCGUGACACAGUUAUCAUUUCCAGUAUAUUAAUAACUUAUGCACAUGGCACCCUUUAUUGAAGUUUAGUGACCCUUUCGCUGAGCUUAGUCUCCUUCGCAGUCGUUUUUUUGGAUGUCACGCAACGCUUCCCGUUAUUUCCUGUGCACGGGACAAUUGUUAAAAAAAUCAUUCUUUUGAAGACCAAGCUCAUUUGAUAUCGUUCCUAGAAUUAUCUCAAGGAAAUAUCUCUGUUUCAUAUUCAGUUUAUUUAGUGAUGCCAUAUCAAAGUUCUUGGGAAAAAUAACAAUGACAAUAAGAUUCCUCGCGUCAACUUCAGGACCGUUAGCGCGCGUUCUAAAGGUCGUGCAUGACGCGCGCGAAAACAUCAUAAUGCAAAGUAAGAUGACAUCAUAAACAGUUUUUGCUCCAUGAGGAUUUCAAGGCUAUAGUCUUUGAGGAGAAGUAAAAGCAUUUAGUGAUUUUAUUCGGAAAAAAUUCAGUUCUAAGGUAUCAUGAAUCCUGAAAUAAGGAGAAAAAGAAAAUUUUCUGUCACCUGCCAGCCCUCGCAAUCAUCGUGUGGCCAGCAAAAAGGAGAAUGUUCUGCCGCGUGUAAGCCGGCAAAGACCAGAAGAAUUUUCGCUGACUCUAAGGUUAGAACUCUCCCUCAGUUUUCGUUUGUUCUUCUCCAUUUGUUUUGGGUAAGUCUGCUUUAAAAGCUGUACACCUUUAGUAAAAUAUGCUUUCCUUUUAAAUUUUGCAGUCGAGCUUGAUCGGAAAAAGUAAAUCCGAAAACCCCCGGAAAAGGUAGAGAAUUUAUCUGUUUAUCAAUUGAGAAUUGUUAGCUUUGAACCAAAGGCAGUUCAGCUUAAUGACGAUGUUUGUCUCCACAGAGCCUGGACAGAGCCUGAUUUCAAGAAGCUCUUUACGGCGAAAAGAAAGAAGAUUUGCUUGUCGACUCCAGAAUCAGUCGUAAGUUUUUUUCGAGUUCAUUGCGAGUUCAGAACGCGGUGUGACUGUAACAAAGUAUAUACAAAAGCAAGCAUAUAAAACGUCACAAUACUUUCUUCUCCACUUGUAUACUGAAAAUUCUGAUAAUUUCAUUAUUUCCUCUUCCUAGGAGAAAGCUAAAGUUGAAACUGAGACAAAAGAGAAGCAUAUUACCGAGAUUGAGACUUCAACGAGUUGUUGCAAGCCGGAGCCGAUCCGACACAAAAAGACACGAAGAGGUAUGAACACGGAAAUUGUAAAUAAAAUUGAACGUCGGUCGUUUCGCAAACGAGUCGUUUCGCCAACGGUCGUUUUGCAAACGUCUCUAGUCAGUUCGCAAACGUUUAGAAGUCAUUUUGCAAACGUUAUAAACAUUUAUAUGUGUAGGAGUCAGUUCACACACUUUGUAGAUUUGAGACAAUGUAGUAUUCUGAAUCGUAUAGUUAAACCCAGGUUGACAUGUAAAUGUUUAUAACGUUUGCGAACUGACAAGAGACGUUUGCGAAACUACCGUUGGCGAAACGACUAGUUGGCGAAACGACCGGUUACCGUAAAAUUCAUAGUCGUCUGAUUCAAGAUGGUCGUUGAUUCAGGCGAGGAAAUGUUUACGGGUUAAUGCGAUAGUUUCUUCAUUUCUCAUCGCAUGUUUUGGCUAUUUGGUGUAUUUUAAAAAAUGAGAGGCUGCAUGUAAGAAAUUAAAACGGAAGUGGAGAAAUAAUGAGACCAACAAAAGGUUGGAGAACAGUUUCCUAUCUUAACUUGGAAGAGAGGAAGUCCGAGGAUAUAACCGAUCUUAAAUUUUGUAUGAUUUUUCAGGAAAGCGUAAACCUCGCCCUAAAGGUCUUGCAGCAUAUGAGAUGGGAAAACCUUUGGGCUCCGGCGGAUUUGGAGAAGUUUUCGCCGCCAGACGAAAAAAGGACAACCUGCCGGUAAGCAUCAAUAAACCGUUAAUUUAUAACUUCUAUCGUGUGGUUUUUAGUGAUGCUAAUUACAGCUUACCUUGCCAUAAACUCUGAAAUAAAUUGCAUCGUAAGCCACCAGGGGUGCAGAGCUAAGGGAGGGGGGGGGGAAGGGAGGGGGGAGGGAAGUGAAUUAGACCACCACCCUUGUGAUUAAUUAUAAAGACAAUACUCAUUAAACUAAGUGGAGCCUACUGUUGUUGUGUGGCGGAAACAUUUUAAAAUACGAGAAAACCACAAUGGAGAUACCAAAGUGAUAGGUUUUAAUUUUCCAUCUUAAAUCUUGCAGGUGGCUAUCAAGUUCGUGAACAAGAGCAGGGUCAAGAACUACAGAGAGGUAAGUACAACCUGAAAAUUCUCUUCCGCCAGUCUCUGUGGUCACGGGUAACGAAUAAGGCUGAAUUAAUUUUCCUUCGGUUGCCUUGAAAUAAAAUUGCAAAAUUAAGUGAUAAAAGUAUCGAUCAAAUUAGGAGCUAUAGAGAUUGACUGAUUUAUCCCGUCUUUUCUUUUCCUUGUUUGUUUAAUCAAAAAAUAAAUAACUUUCAUUAACUUAAAUCUUCCCGACCCAUCUCUCCUAAACAGAUAAACGGAAAACAGUUCCCAGCCGAAGCUUACUUUCAGCGCCACGUUCGGCACCCGAACGUGAUUCAACUACUGGAUAUCUUCACCAACGGAGAUAACUUCGUGUUCGUGCUCGAACGUCCCGAAGAUUCAGCGGACUUGUUCGACUACAUUGACGCAUGUGAAGGGCUGAUUGAAGACGAAGGUCGAGAACUCUUUUCUCAAAUUCUGGAGGCAGCGAUACAAUGCGAAGAACAGGGUGUGCUACACCAGGACAUCAAGCCAGAAAAUGUCAUCAUAGAUAUGAACAAAAUGGAAGCCAAGCUGACUGAUUUCGGUCUCGCUUGUGACGCACAGGACCAACCCUUCAGGCAAUUCGUAGGUAAGUAUUUUAGUGAAUGGCAGGUUUAAAGCAGACACUCUUAUACGACGUAAACUUUCGUAUAAGAUUCGUUAAGUUCGUACGAGGAGGCCCUUGUUAAUAGCACUGCAGGACGUAUGUUUUUCCACCCGAGAGAGGAUUUGAGAUGAGUCGGGAAGAGCUUGGCCGGGGGUCUGAAUUUAACAAUUAUCAGUCCCAGCCGACGCGCGUUGGUCAAGGCCUCAUACUUUCCCCGCGAGCGAAGAAACGAAGAAACGAAGAAACGAAGAAACGAAGAAACGAAGAAACGAAGAAACGAAGAAACGAAGAAACGAAGAAACGAAGAAACGAAGAAACGAAGAAACGAAGAAACGAAGAAACGAAGAAACGAAGAAACGAAGAAACGAAGAAACGAAGAAACGAAGAAACGAAGAAACGAAGAAACGAAGAAACGAAGAAACGAAGAAACGAAGAAACGAAGAAACGAAGAAAGCGAAGAAACGAAGAAACGAAGAAAGAAACGAAGAAACGAAGAACGCGGGCGAAGAAACGCUUGUGUCGAAGCGCUGAUAACGAGGGCCUGCUUGCUGGCUAACGAUGAAUUAAGUAAUUAAACGGGGUUGGCCUGUGGCAAGAGAAAAAUAUUUAAAGGCUGUUUUAAAGCCGUCUGAUCCUUUAUCCGAUCAUUUAUUUAUGUACUUAUCUCAAUAAAUUACUUCCACUUAUUUCUUUAUUUUUUCUUCCCAUUCGCUUUCCAGGCACUCAGCAUUAUUGUCCCCCUGAGUUCUACUCCCAUCGUUGUUUCCAUGGCAGCCACGCUACUGUUUGGCAACUUGGCUUCUUAUUGGCUGAGAUGCUGUCGAAUGAGAUGCCAUACGUCAAGCCACGCAUGGCCCUGUACAUGCAUCCUUCUGUUCCUAAAUUUGUCUCCAACGGUAAGAACUUUGGAACAAACGAUACUGUUGGAGAUAAGGAGAUAAUUAUCAAAUGAAACAAUGAGGAUUAUUCCUGAGGGAUAUUUAAAUAACCUCUGUUUAAGACAAGUUUCGCCCACAGUCCCCUUUCAUUUUUCAUCAUCAGAAUAAUGGAAAUUGUAAGAACAAGACCAUCUUUAAAUGUGGCAGUAAAUGUCGGGUCAGAUAAGAUUAAAUUCAGUGGUCCAGCCAGAAAGAAUGCUGCAACCUAAACGAAAAAAUACUGACCUAUACUGAAUGUCAUCCGCUACAAUGCAAAUUCAUUUAAGCAUUUUCCCAUUAGAUUGAUCGGGACGUAAAUAUAUUUUUUUUCAGAGGCUCGGAAUUUGAUUUCAUGGAUGUUGUCGCGAGAUCCAGAUGCGCGCCCCACAUUACAACAGAUCAGGUGCCAUCCGUGGGUCAGCAAACCUCGCCACCACUGA